AUCUUAUAAAUAUGACCUUUCUUGUUAUGCCAUUUUCUAUUCCUUCGAAACUAUGGUAUCUGCUUCUUCUAGAGAAAUGAUAAGAGCAGGAUCAGUGGGAACAAGAGCGACAUAUGACGAGCCAUACGACUCUGAUGGUGAGGAGACAGCUGACACUGAAUGGGACGAGAAGGGACGCAACUUCAUCUCUCACAUAUACGUUUCUUACAAACACUUCAUAACAUCUAUUCAGUUUGGUUACUUGAACUGCGAAGAUGAUGAAGCUCUGACCCUCUCUGCGAAGUUUGGUCACUCUGAGGGACACAGCUUUCGAGCUGUCAUACUGAAGGAAGAUGAAUAUGUGACUGGAUUGAGUGGAGUACAUCGAUUUGGAGUGCAUGAUGGAAUAAAAAGUUUGACAUUCCACACCAACUGUGGGGAGCAUGGACCGAUUGGAAGUGUGAAUGAUAACUCUGAGAUUGGUUUCAAGAUAGAUAUCGAUCCAGGAAUACGUGAUAGACGCGAGUUUGGUGGUUUCUUCGGUUCUUACAGUAAGGUUAAUCUCUCAUCGAUUGGUAUCUAUGUCAGCCCCAUUGCUAGGUACGAUAUGGUUGUUAAACGUGAAAACAUUGGACCCUCCAACUCCUCUUAGCAGCCUUCAACAGUGGUCUUGUUCAGUUUGUUGUUGAGUUUUCCCUGAAAUAAAGUGUUGUAUCAGUGUCAUCUUUUUGUCUUUAAUAAAGAAUAUUCUAUUAUGGAUCUAGUAACAUCCAACUGCUAAUAUAUGUCUGCCCAUCACAGUUCCUGAUAAAGCUGUUUAACGUGAAAACGUUUUACCCAAGCAACCACUCUUAACAGAGCUUUACAACAGUUGCUUUGUUCAUUUUCCUGUUUGGCUUCCUAAUCAUCUGAUCUGCGCCUAACAUUCUAUGGAAACGCAAAGGUUACCUAAAUUGAGUGUAACUCUGUGGAUAUGAAACAUGAAAUAUUAGGGUCUCCAUUAAAC